UAUAAAACCAGAUUGAACACUUCUGGCCAGGUCUUUCCCGUUGCCAAUAUUAGACUCCUCAAGGGAUAACAUCUUGACCAGGACUAUGGGUUUUAUUAGAGAAAAACUUUCGUUAGCAAAGAGCGGCGAUAACAGUGGGGUUGGGAUACUCUUCUUAUUGUUCAAUGUGCUUGCCUUUCUCUUCAUGGCCGUUUGCGCCUCUCUCUUCAAAUCAGCUACCCACUCUCGUGGCCGUUCGUCGGAGAGAAUCACCCCUCAGAGUACUGUAUCCAAGAAGGAUUACGAGGACAUCGUCAAUGGUCUUCUAAGGGACAUCUCAUUCCAACGCCCCAAAUUUCAUUCUGACGUGGGACUAAAAGCUCGUGUUGAGAAUCUCCUUCAGUCCUAUGGCCUCUCACGCAACUUCAUCACUGAUAUUGGACCGUGCAUCAAAACAGCAAUCAAAUAUGCUAGUUGCACCUAUCCCUAUGCCUCCCCCGCAGUUCGAGAAGCGAUCGCUGUCUACACUACACACAUAGUGGCCAUUGAUGACAUUACCAGUGACAUUCUACCAGACCUGGAAGACUACAGCGCGAGAUUAGUUCUUGGACAACUUCAUGGACAUGAAUUACUUUGCAGCUUCACAAAAUUUCUGGGCGACCAAUCACGAUUAUUUGGGAAAUUUGGCGCCGACAUGAUCAUCAAAGGAACCCUGGAGUACAUAUCAUCCGCCGUGAUUGAGCAGAGUCAGGACGGUGCUCAUCUAUCGCCUGAUGCGUCCGAAUUUCUCGUUUACUUCAGAGCUAAGACCGGGAUUGCUGACCCAUUCGCCUUCAUGUGCUUCCCGGAGGACAUGAAUCCUGAAGAGCGGGACUUGACAAAAUACAUUUCAGCUAUCCCAAAUAUCGGAUUGUUCCUAGGCUACGUGAACGACUUGCUGUCUUUCUACAAGGAAGAGCUCAAGGAAGAUGACUGUCCGGGCUUCGUUCAAAACUAUGCCAAGGUCCACGGGUCAACGUCUCUUCAAGCACUGCGCCAACUUCGGCAUGCAACAAUCAAAGAAGUACGGAACAUCCGUAGCAUAUUAGCCGAUGAUGCUCCUACAACUGAGCGCAUUAAUCAGUUUAUUUACGGCUAUAUUUUCUAUCAUCUGUCCGCCGGGAGGUACAGAUUGGCAGAGUUGAAUAUUCCUGCCGCUCUUGAAGCGAAGGGGUGCUUCCAGGAGUUGAAAUAGAUGUGACGGUGAUGUGCAGUUGAUCAGCCCAUCAAAUAUCGUGCUGUACAGUUACAUGAGGUUUGAGAAGUUGAAUUAUGCGCAUGUAGAUAAGCAAACUCCGGACCUGUUGGUGUGAGAAUUAUGCCAGCUAUGACUGAUCGGAUAGGGGACUGUCAGUCACACAUUGGAGAUAC